UUAAUUAAAGAGGUUUUCCUGGAGAAGAAGCAAACUCAAGCUCCGUCGGAGAAAAACGGAAUCGGAAGUUGAGGUUUUGAACAUUCCCGGAGAAAUUUUUUGAGUAGCGAAUUUGAUUCACCGAACAAUGGAUGUUAUAAAGACGCAACAAAUAUCGGCAAGGACGAUAGAGAAAGUGAUCGUUCACCCACUUGUCUUGCUUAGUAUCGUCGACCAUUACAAUCGUGUAGCCAAGGAUACACGCAAGCGCGUCGUCGGCGUUUUGCUCGGAAACAGCUCCCGUGGUACUUUCGACGUCACCAACAGCUACGCAGUGCCUUUUGAGGAGGAUGACAAAGACACUAGCAUCUGGUUUCUUGAUCACAACUACCACGAGUCGAUGUUUCACAUGUUCAAGAGAAUUAAUGCUAAGGAGCAUAUUGUGGGUUGGUACAGAACAGGUCCUAAACUUCGAGAGAAUGAUUUGGAUGUUCACGCUUUAUUUAAUGGCUACGUUCCAAAUCCAGUGUUGGUCAUUAUUGAUGUCCAACCUAAAGAACUUGGAAUCCCUACAAAGGCAUACUAUGCAGUUGAGGAGGUGAAGGAGAAUGCUACCCAGAAAAGUCAGCAGGUGUUUGUACACGUGCCUACAGAAAUUGCGGCUCACGAAGUUGAGGAAAUUGGUGUGGAACAUUUGCUCAGAGAUGUAAAAGACACAACCAUCAGUACCUUGGCAACUGAGGUCACGGCGAAACUUACUGCUCUGAAGGGAUUGGAUGCACGACUUCGGGAGAUCAGGAGUUACCUUGACCUUGUAAUCGAAGGAAAACUCCCUUUAAACCAUGAAAUCUUGUACCAUCUUCAGGACGUAUUCAACUUGCUUCCUAACUUGAACGUCAACGAGUUGGUUAAGGCCUUUGCAGUGAAAACAAAUGACAUGAUGCUCGUAAUCUACCUAUCGGCGCUUAUCCGAAGUGUAAUCGCCCUCCACAAUUUGAUCAACAACAAGUUAUUGAACAAGGAACAUGAAAAAGCAGAGGACUCAAAGCCUGUUGCCAUACCUGCAAUCAGUGGGAGUUAAAUGCAGCCAAAUUUCGAGUUUGGGAGGUUUUCUAAUUGGAUGUUACUGUCAUUUCCUGCAUGUCAAGAGGGUCUGUUGGGGAACAAAACGGGUUUGGUCUCGUUCCGAUGAAAGUUGUUUCUACAAUGGUUAUGUUAUUAAUGUCGUUUCUGUCUCGAAAGAUUUUUUAUUUUGAGUUUCCCUAAUUUUUCCUUUAAAAGAUGAUAUAAGUAAAGUAAGUAUUACAUCAAUAUGUGCUGAAA